AGCCGGCCGGCUCCAGGCGGGCGGGCUCGGGCGGGAGCGGCCGGGGGCGGCGCGGGGGGUGCGCCGCGCCCCUGGCCCCGCGGCGCCGCGCCCUGCCGCGGCCAUGGACUCGGACGACGAGGACCCGAGCUGUGGGCAGCCCUCGAGGGCGAGUCGCCGGGCAAGAAGGCGAAGAGACCAAAGCCGCCCGCUGCCGAGGCGCCGCCGCCGCCGGGCGACGCCGCGCCCCCGCCGUCGCCAGGGGCAGCCGCGGCGGCCCCGCCGGAGGGCGGUGCAGCGGCGCCCCUGGCCCCGGACAAGGCGGCCAUCCUGGCCGCGAUGGGCUUCGAGGUCCCCGCGGACCCGAUCGCCGCCCCCCCGCCGGAGCCCGCCGCGCCGCCGCCCGAGCCCCCGCCGCCGCGGCCGCCCCCCGACGGCCUCUGCGCAGGCUGCAACCGAAGCUGCCCCCCUCGCCGCUGAAGUGCGGACUGGCCUCACGUGCAGGUUCAAGCUGGGGAACCCCUUCCUGCCGGCCGCGCAGCUGGUCAGCUGGAGCAUGCUGAAGGAGAAGGCCAAGACCAACUUCACGGUGCCGCUCGCGGGCCUCAUCGACGCGAGGACGGGGAGGCUCCCCGCGGGGUCCAUGCUGGAGGCGCGCUGCCUGCGAGUGGACGCGCCCGCGUGGCGGUACGAGCUUUCGCACUCGUGGCCAGACGGCGUCUCCGUCUUCAUAGGCGACACGAGGGUCUUCAAGAAGGACCGACCCCCAGGCAGAGUUCGACGAGGCGCCCUGACCACGCCUCUCGCCCUCCCUCCUCGUCCUCUCGCCCUCCUCGCGCUCCUUUGCCUUCCCCCCCUGCGUCCUCCCCGCGUCCCUCUCCUUGCGCUCCUCCCUCUCCCUCCCUCGCUCUCUCCCUCC